UUUAUAACAGUGUGUGGAUAUAAUUUGUUAUAAUCCAGAGUUCCCUGUCACUAUCUAAUUAUCUCUACUUAAACCUAUAACACUGUUCCGUAUUAAUAUAACUAGUGUUUAUAUUAAUUGAAAAUUUACUGCAGUCAUAUAACUACACUGUUAUCAAUCACAAUCUUACAUAAUCAAUCAAAAGCUAUAAAAUAACCAUUCUGUAGUACAUUUACACACACGAUAGAAUAAAUAAUAUUUAAAUCCUUCAUUGUUUCCUUGAGUGUCUUAACAAAUAACGUACGUUUUGACAAUCACUCCAUGGAGGAUCCUGAUAAGUCAUUUAAAUCCCAAGAUAUCCUGGGUAAUCUCGCUUCAUGGAGUACAAUAACACAAACUACAUCACAGACUACAACAAAACGAGAUCGAUGGAAAUGGAAAAUAGAUUUUCUCAUAGCUUGUAUGGGCUUUUCCAUCGGUUUGGGAAAUGUAUGGAGAUUCCCUUACUUAUGUUAUAAAAAUGGUGGAGGUGCUUUUCUCUUACCCUACUUCAUCAGUGUAAUUGUGGCUGGUGUACCGUUAUUUCUUCUUGAAGUUGCUUUAGGUCAGUUUAUGUCCAAAGGAGCCAUUGCAGCUUGGGAUAUUUGCCCACUUUUUAGAGGCAUUGGAUGUGCUAGUACAAUGAUAAAUUUUUUAGUGAACAGUUAUUAUACAGUGAUUUUGGGUUGGGCAUUUCAUUUUCUUUUUGCUUCAUUCAAUAAAGAACUACCAUGGGCUAAAUGUGGACAUUUAUGGAAUACAAAUUCAUGUUUUGAUGGUGCAGUUAGAACAAAUGUAAGCAAUUCAACAUCGAUCCUGCGACAAGAUAUACUUGGAGCUGAUCCUGCUUCCGAGUAUUGGGAAAAUCGUGUCUUACGAAUAUCAGAUGGUAUCGAUAAUUUAGGCACAGUUCAAUGGGAUUUGGCAUUGUGUCUUUUACUAGCAUGGAUAAUCAUAUUUUUAGCAAAUUGUAGAGGUAUAAAAACAUCUGGAAAAGUUAUGUAUAUAACUGCAACUACACCAUAUAUAUUCAUGAUUACAUUACUGAUAAGAACAGCACACUUAGAUGGAGCACUAAAUGGUAUUACCUAUUAUUUAAAACCUGACUGGGAGAAAUUGACAGAUAUGGCAGUUUGGUCAGAUGCUGGAACACAAAUCUUUUUCAGUUAUGCUAUUGGCUUAGGAGCGUUGACUGCAUUAGGAAGUUACAAUCCUUACCAUCAUAAUUCAAUUAGAGAUUGUCUUUUAUUCGCUGGUGCAAAUACAUUUACAAGUCUAUUGGCUGGUUUUGUAAUCUUCGCAACACUUGGAAAUAUGUCUUAUGUAUCUGGUGUCCCGAUACAUUUAAUUGCUGAAUCAGGACCAGGUUUAGCAUUCAUUAUUUAUCCAAAAGCAUUAGGAACAAUGCCUGGAAGUCCUAUUUGGUCAUUUUGUUUUUUUACAAUGAUUAUAUUACUAGGAAUCGAUAGUAUGUUUGGUGGAGUUGAAGGUUUUGUCACGGCAAUCUCAGAUUACCUACCUCAAGUGAUAAUACAUCCAUGGUAUCGAGUUAGUUUUGUUGCAGCCACAUGUAUCUUAUCUUAUGGUAUCGGUUUAUUUAUGAUAACUAAUGGUGGUAUGUACAUAUUUCAACUAUUCGAUUAUUAUUCAGGCAGUCGUAUCAUAUUAUGUGUAACAUUUUUGGAAUGUUUUGUGAUUGGUUAUAUAUAUGGAUGGAAACGAUUCGCCAAUGAUAUGAAGUCAAUGUAUGGAUAUUCAUUGAAAUGGUUGUGUUUUUUUUACUUGUGCAUUAUUACUCCACUAUUUACUUUGGUGCUAUUCAUCUUCAGUGUAAUUGUAUAUGAAGAACUCACAUAUAUGCGUGCUGUCAGACCUGAACCAUAUCAUUUUCCUAAAUGGUCGGUAAUAUUGGGCUGGAUGAUGGCCAGUUCAAGUUUGUUCUUUAUUCCAGCUGUUAUGGUGGCAGAGAUUAUCAGAACACCGGGUACAUUUGUAGAAAGAAUAAAAUCCCUUUGUACACCUCGACUUACUCAGCAUCGCUGCUCAGUGACUUGUGCAAGUCUAAUUGAUCCUGAAAAUUCCGAGAUUCACGAAGAUAAUCUCAAUAAUAAUCCGAAUGCAGUGAGUUCUUGUACAACAGAAGAAGAACAACAUGAAGAAAAUAAUAAUUCAAGGAAACGAAAAGACACAUUAAGAAUAAGUAACUUUUGUAAAUCAUGUAUUCGAUGAAAACACAGAGAUAAUCAUACUCUAGACACAAUGAAAGAUAUAUUAAUUCACACUUCUAUACAUAUUUAUACAACAGAGCCGUUGUUUUAUACGCGUAUCAUUGGAUUUACUCACAUUUGUAUUGUCUAUACAUGUGUGUUUAGAUUACACUUAUUUCAUAGUUUAUUAUUAUCAUUAUUAUUAGUUGGCAUAUCAACAUUCAUUGUCACAACAAAUUUACAUUCAAUGUUCAAGUGAUCAACUAUUUUUAUUUGAUCACAAUUCACAACAUUCACAAUCAAUCAUUGGUUGAUGAAAAAUAGAGAAUUUUUAUUCCCUUUUUAUAUACAUAAUUUGCCUCUCUCUCUCUCCCUGUCUAUUUUUUAUUCAUUUCAUAAAUUCAUGUAGAACUAGAUCAAAUGAAUCAUAAAAAUGCAUUCAAUGCUUUUAUUCAAAAUUUGUAUUAUUAUUUGGUUUAUUGAAAAUCAGUUCUUCUUGUUCAAUGUUUUCAAUAUAUUUCACUAGUUCAAUGUUUUUGUUUUGAUUUUGAUUUUGUACAGUGUCAUGUAAUGAUUCAUUUUUUUUGGCAGAUUUUCAUUUUGAUCAUUUCUGAUGAAUAAUUCUUUCAAAUAGGUAUGUACUUACUUACUUACACUGACUUUCAUUCUUUCUGUGUCUUCUUGAUAUUAUUUUAUUCAUCAGAAUUAGUUUAAUUGGUAGACCAAAUAUGUAUUUUGUGUUGUGUAGUUAUCAAACUUUGUAUAUCAUCAAUUACUACUAGCUAAUGUUUACUUUUCAAUACAUUAUUGAAGAGAAAAAA